AUGGAAUAUGAUGUCUCAGCAAUGUUAUUGCCUCAAGAACGCUCUGUGAGGAGGGAGAACCAGAGCAGCGUGCCCCGGUUCCUCCUCCAGGGGGUCCCCAUUGGGCCUGAGCAGCAGAAUGUGUUCUUUGCCCUGUUCCUGGGCAUGUACCUGACCACGGUUCUGGGGAACUUGCUCAUCAUCCUGCUCAUCAGGCUGGACUCUCUCCUCCACACCCCCAUGUACUUCUUCCUCAGUCACUUGGCCUUCACUGAUACUACUUUCUCAUGUGUAACCAUCACUAAGAUGCUGAUGAACAUGCAGACUAAGUACAAACCCAUCCCCUAUGCAGGGAGCAUUUCACAGACAUAUUUUUUCAUCUUCUUUGCUGCUUUGGACAGUUUCCUGAUCACUUCAAUGGCCUAUGACAGGUACGUGGCCAUCUGUCACCCUCUCCAUUAUACCACCAUCAUGAGUCAGAGCAUUUAUGUCAUAAUGGUGUCCAGGUCUUGGCUCAUUACUUGUGCUUGUGCUCUUUUGCACACCUUCCUCCUGGCCCGGUUGUCCUUCUGUGCUGACCACACUGUCCCCCACUUCUUCUGUGACCUUGCUGCCCUGUUCAAAUUGUCCUACUCAGGCACUUCCCUCAACCAAUUGGUAAUCUUUACUGUGGGAUUAGCAACCAUUGUGCUUCCAUUCUUCUGCAUCCUGGUUUCUUAUGGCCAUAUUGGGGCCACCAUCCUCCAUGUUCCCUCUACCAAGGGCAUCUGCAAAGCCUUUUCCACUUGUGGAUCUCAUCUCUCAGUAGUGACUCUCUACUAUGGGGCAGUUAUUGAUCUAUAUUUUCUUCCCUCAUCCAGUAACACCAAUGACAAAAACAUAAUUGCAUUAUUGAUGUACACAAUGGUCAUUCCCAUGUUGAAGCCCUUCAUUUAUAGCCUGAGAAAUAAAGACAUGAAUGGGACCGUGAGAAAACUCUUGAGUAAGAAAAUAUAUGCUUCCAACAGAUACUUACCUUUCUUUUAA